CAGGACUCGUCCCGCCCCGUCCCGUCCCGGCAGUGCCGGUGCCGGUGCCGGCGCCGCCGCCGCCAUCGCCAUGAGGAGCCGGAGCAACUCGGGCGUGCGCCUGGACGGCUAUGGGCGCCUGGUGCAGCAGACCAUCCUCUGCCACCAGGACGCGGUGACGGGGCUACUCCCCGCCAGCGGCGACCACCGGGACGCCUGGGUCCGGGACAACGUGUACAGCAUCCUGGCGGUCUGGGGGCUCGGCCUGGCCUACCGCAAGAAUGCCGACCGCGACGAGGACAAGGCCAAGGCCUACGAGUUGGAGCAGAGCGUGGUGAAGCUGAUGCGGGGACUGCUCCAGUGCAUGAUGAGACAGAUGGACAAGGUGGAGGCCUUCAAGUACAGCCAGAGCACCAAGGACUGCCUGCAUGCCAAGUAUAACACCCAGACCUGUGCCACCGUGGUGGGAGACAACGAGUGGGGUCACCUACAGCUGGAUGCCACCUCCCUUUACCUGCUCAUGCUGGCGCAAAUGACGGCCUCAGGCCUCCACAUAAUUCACAGCUUGGAUGAAGUCAACUUUAUCCAGAACCUCGUGUUUUACAUUGAAGCCGCCUACAAGACCGCGGACUUCGGGAUUUGGGAGCGUGGGGACAAGACAAACCAGGGCAUCACCGAGUUGAAUGCCAGCUCUGUUGGCAUGGCCAAGGCUGCCCUGGAGGCACUGGAUGAGCUGGAUCUCUUUGGAGCCAAGGGAGGCCCGGAGUCAGUGAUACGGGUGCUGUCAGAUGAGGUGCAGCACUGCCAGUCCAUCCUUCACUCAAUGCUGCCCAGGGCCUCCACAUCCAAGGAGGUGGAUGCCAGCGUGCUCUCUGUCAUCUCCUACCCAGCAUUUGCUGUGGAGGACAGCGAGCUGGUGGAAAUCACCAAGCAGGAGAUCAUCACGAAGCUGCAGGGACGCUAUGGCUGCUGCCGCUUCCUCCGGGAUGGAUACAGGACCCCCAAAGAGGACCCCAAACGCCUCUACUAUGAACCCGCUGAGCUGAAGCUGUUUGAGAACAUCGAGUGCGAGUGGCCUCUCUUCUGGGCAUACUUGAUGAUUGAUGGGAUUUUCAAUGGAAACAUAGAGCAGGUGCAGGAGUACCGGGAAGCCCUUGAGGGGGUUCUCAUCAAGGGGAAGAAUGGGAUACGCCUGAUGCCAGAGCUGUACAGUGUCCCCCUGGAUAAGGUGGAUGAGGAGUACAGGAACCCCCACACUGUGGACAGAAUACCCAUGGGCAAGCUGCCGCACAUGUGGGGGCAGUCCCUCUACAUCCUGGGCUGCCUGAUGGCUGAGGGGUUUCUGGCUCCUGGUGAAAUAGAUCCCCUCAACCGCCGUUUUGCGACUGUCCCUAAGCCUGAUGUGGUGGUUCAAGUGUGCAUCCUGGCUGAGACAGAGGAGAUCAAGGAAAUCCUGAAGAAGGAGGGCAUUGACGUGGAGACUGUGGAAGAUGUCUACCCCAUCAGAGUGCAGCCUGCCCGCAUCCUCAGCCACAUCUAUGCCCGGCUGGGCCGCAACAAGCAGAUGAGCCUGACUGGACGGCCCUACCGGCACAUGGGUGUCAUUGGGACCUCCAAGCUCUACAAAAUCAGGAAGAGCAUCUUUACCUUUACCCCACAGUUCAUAGACCAGCAGCAGUUCUACCUGGCUCUUGACAACAAGAUGAUUGUGGAGAUGCUGAGGACGGACCUCUCCUAUCUCUGCAGCCGCUGGAGAAUGACUGGGCAACCAACCAUCACCUUCCCCGUCUCCCACAUCAUGCUCGAUGAAACGGGCAGUAGUGUGCACCCCACGGUGCUGGCGAUGCUGCGGAAGCUGCAGGACGGGUAUUUCGGUGGCGCAAGGAUCCAGACGGGUAAACUGUCGGAGUUCCUGACAACGUCAUGCCGAACACACCUCAGUUUUAUGGACCCUGGGCCAGAGGGUAAGGUCUUUGCCGAGAGUUACAGGCUCUGCAGUGACAGCUUUGAGGAGCUGGACAGCGAGGACUGGCUGCAUGGCUUGCAGGUAGCAGAGGAGGAGGACGCCUACGAUGAGGUUGCCCAGUACCUGGACCACCUGCUGCAGCGCACGACUCCCCAGUCCAACCUGCCCCCCACUGCCCAGCGGGGAGGGCUGAGCCGCUUCCGGACUGCUGUCCACACCACCCGUGACCUCAUGUCCCUGGCAUCCAAGGCCAAGGACCUGCAUGUCCAGAAUGUUGGGUUGUAUGUCCCCAGCAAGAUCUUCCAGGCAUCCCAGCAGUCGGUUAACCUGCUGGGUUCACCCUACCAGCAAGACAUGGAUGGCAAGAGCCAUGCAGUCUAUGCAGAGAUGAGUCUGCCCCGUGACGAGGAUGGCAACGUGGACUGCAAGGCACUGGUGGACCAGCUGCGCAUCUGCCCCACAAUGCAGGAGCAAGCAGACAUCCUCUACAUGCUCUACAUGCUCAGGGGGCCCGAGUGGCACACGGGGCUUGAUAGCAAGCCUGGCCCCACUGUCAAGGAGCUCCUCACUGAGCUGUAUGUGCGGGUGGGGGAGACACGCCAGUGGGCCCUGAUCCGCUACAUCUCUGGCAUCCUCAAGAAGAAGGUUGAAGCUCUGGAUGAGGCCUGCACUGACCUCCUGUCUCACCAGAAGCAGUUGACUGUGGGACUGCCCCCAGAGCCACGUGAGAAGACAAUCUCCGCCCCCGUCCCCUACGAGGAACUUGUUCACCUCAUUGAUGAAGCCAGUGAGAAGAACCUCAGUGUGGCCAUCCUCACCCAGGAGAUCAUGGUGUACUUGGCCAUGUACAUACGCACGCAGCCUGCGCUCUUCGUGGAGAUGUUCCGCCUCCGCAUUGGGCUCAUCAUCCAGGUGAUGGCAACAGAGCUGGCACACUCCCUGCGCUGCUCGGCCACAGAAGCCACGGAGAACCUGAUGAAUCUCAGCCCAUCAGACAUGAAGAGCCUCCUCUACCACAUCCUCUCUGGCAAGGAGUUCGGGGUGGAAAAGAGCAUGCGUUCAGUGGACUCAUCUGUGGUCACCCCUACCGUCUCCAUCCAUGACCUGGGGGCUGCUGGGGCCACCAGAUCUGAGCGCUCCGGCCUUGUCAGGCUGAAAAGUGAAAUCAAACAGCAAUUGAAUAAACGUAGGCAGUCUAUGCCUGGGAGUAAGCCCAUCAGUUUGCAGUCCAGGGACAUCGAGCUCAAGUCCUCUCUGUCUGUUGGGCACGGGGAGCUGCUGGACAAGGACUCCUUUUCAAGCAUGCUGGAAGACCAGGGCAGUAAGGACAGCCGGCAGGGCCAGUGGCAGCGGAGGCGGCGGCUGGACGGGGCCCUCAACCGUGUCCCUGUGGGCUUCUACCAGAAGGUCUGGAAGGUCCUGCAGAAGUGCCAUGGCCUCUCUGUGGAGGGCUUUGUUCUCCCCUCCUCAACAACCAGAGAGAUGACCCCAGGGGAAAUGAAGUUUGCUGCGCAUGUGGAGUCUGUCCUCAAUCGUGUGCCCCAGCCAGAGUACAGGCAGCUUCUGGUGGAAGCUAUCUUGGUGCUCACCAUGCUGGUGGACAUGGAGGUGCACACCAUCGGUGGCAUCAUACCUGUGGAAAAGAUCUUGCACAGAGCCAACGACCUCUUCUAUGAGGAGCAGAAAGCCCUGGGCGCUGACGACCAGAUGUUGGAGAGGGAUCCUUCGACAGGCAUCUGCAUCCUGCUGUACGACAGUGCCCCGAGCGGCCGGUUUGGCACCAUGACCUACCUGUCCAAGUCGGUGGCCUUGUACGUGUACGACUUCCUGCCCACAGACAGCUGCUCCAUGCAGUAGCUCUCGCAGCUCCUCGCUGGGUUGCAGAUGCUGUGGGGAGGGUUGUUUCGUACAGCUUGUAAAGAGGAACACUAGGAUAGUUUGCAGGCAGCCUGCGUGGCCAUCUCUCCUCCUAGCCCUGGCCUCUCAGUGGGUGAGCGGCCCUCUGAGGAGCCCCGCAGGAGGCACGUGUCCUAAACUGACCUGUGCCUAUGUGUGGCCUGAGGAGGAAGGGAAAGGCUGAGCUUUGAAGCCUGCUUGUGUUAGAAGUGUCUGCCUGCAUGGUUCCUCCUGAGCCAUCACCCCCAGAGGGACCUCUGUUUGAGGCAGUUGACCAGACCUGCAUGCUCAGCACUGCAGUGCUCCCUGACCAGCUCAUACUCUCCCUGCCUCCAGCAGGUUUGCAGUUUUUAACUGUGUUUUAACUGUGCUGCUUUUUAUUCCAAUCUGCAGGAUUUAUACUAGUGUAGGCUGGAGCUCUUGCUCUUCCUACUGCUGCAGGAAUAGUUUUGCUAGAGAAAUAGGGGAUGAUGCCUGAGCCUCUGUCCCAGCACGCCCCAAAUCAAAAUGGUCCAGCCCAGCCACAGCUGUGCUGCUUGGAAGCAGGCAGCCCAUCAUCCUUCCCUCGGGGGUCCUGUGUGCAGAGCUGGGGAGGUUGUGGUAGCCAGGAUCCCUGUUGCCAGCAAGAUGUGAGGACAGGGCUUCUGGCUGGCUGGGGCACGCUGGUGGCAGCCCCUCUGUGCCAUAUACUUGUCCCUGGCAGCAGUGCUGGUGGCCAGGUCGCAGGUUUUUGAGUUCACACGUGCCUUUUGAAUCACCUCUGAGCUGGCUGCUUGGUGUUAUCUGUGCAAUCACAGCUGUGCCCUUAAUGCUCAGCUCUGGCCUUGGCCCCAACUCCCACAGCCUGGCACAGGGAGGGGUGGGGACACAGAGGGUGCCUGCUCCACUCUAUCCUGCAGGUGCAGCUCUGAGCAAAGGUCCCUUUCCCCUUUGGGGAAGGUGGAUCCUAUCCAACAUCAGUGUGCCUGGGGCUGUACAGGCUGUGCUGUUAUAGAUAAAUCUGAAAUUGUGGCAGUGACACCAGCCACCAAAUCAUAUAUUUAACAGACUAGGUCUGUCUCUUCCAAUGUCCCUGCCCACAACUGGAGGGAUGGAGGAAAGAACCUGUGUUUCAGAAUCACUUACCAACCAUCCCCACACCCUGAAGUCUCUUUUGAUUGCCCUUGGACUACAUGUUGUGGCUUCAUUGCCAACCACGUGGAAGGCCAGCAGUGGGUAAAAGUCCGAGGGCUGAACCAGGCUGGGAAGUUUCCUAGUGCUGCCCUUAACCUGGGCCUCAGGGAGGCAGCAGACUUCCCUGAGAGGACUGUCUGUGUGGCAUAUUGGACCGUCUGUGCCCCUCAGAAAGCAGUCACCCAUCUUUCUUGUAGAGGUUGCCAUGGUCUGGGGGGUAUCACAGCCAUGGCAACACCUCUGGUGUAGAUGGACUAACAUGCACCUCGUCCAUUGCCUGGCCUUCCAGAGCCAGAGCUUCAUCACAGGGAGAUGUAACGUGGGCAAGGAGGGGAUUUGGCUCCACCCACUCCUUUCCUCUAUUCCUGCCUUCACCUGGCAGGGGAGGAUGCAGGAUCUGCUUGAACCUGUGUAUUUUCGGGUGGCUGUUCCUGUUUCUGUCAGGGAGGGCAGAGCCUGGUUCCACUAGCCUCUCUCAGACUCCCUUCUGCUCCUUAACCUUUCUACGUCCUCAUAGCUCAGCCCCAAGGCUGAGCAGAUCACUGUCCCCUUGGUCACACUGAACACAGCUUUUCUCAUCACUGCCAUCGUUCCCUCCUUGCACCCAGAGGCCUGGAUGGCUGCAUAUUCUCCUGGGAGCUCUGCCAGGGUGGCCACAUCCACUGUGGCAAGCACAGAGGACGUGGUCUGUGCCAGGUGGAUGCCCCAGCAGAGCUCCUUCUGAGAGGGCGAUGGUCACCAGCUCAACUUGCCUCUUGAGCUGGGAGGGUGACAGUGCCUGUGCCACGUGCCAACACCGUGCUCUGCCCACGCUGCCCGCCGCGCUCCCCGGGGUGGCCCCAGAGCCAGAUGUUUUCCUGUGUGUGUUUCUGUGGUUUUUGAUCUCCAGAGGUUGGUUUGGCCUCAAAGCCGGAGGGGGGGGGGUGUCUCUCGAGCCAUCGGCUGUUGUAUACGUGUUGCUGAUCCCUCCCCCCGUGACCCCUGCCCCGGGCAGAGCAGCCUUGAUAGGGCCGAGCCCCAGCCCGGCUCCUCCCUCCGGCACGGUGGGAGCUGCCUGGGCUCGGCGGGGCUCGGGCACCCCGAGCAGGGCGGGCGGUGCGUGCAGGGCUCAGUCCUUUUCUAAUGACAAUUACUACUUUUUUAGAUAAUAGACACCACCCCGAGCCGCGUGGGGGCCCCAAUAAAAAAGUCUCUAACAGCG